CCACGGCGUCGUCGUCGUCGUCCUGUUGCUUAGCAACGCCCGGUGCCGGAAAAGGGCCGCGCGGCGCUCGAAGUAGUUCCGGUUUCGAGCAGGCAAGAUGGAGGCUGCCGGAGGCGUGGAAGAGCAGGAGCAGGAGGAAUGGACUUUGCCUUCUGAGGUGGAGGUCCUAGAAUCCAUCUACUUGGAUGAGCUGCAAGUCUGUAAAGGAGAUGGCAGGUCUGUGCCCUGGGAAAUUUCCAUCACCUUACAUCCAGCAACUGCAGAGGAUCAAGAUUCUCAGUAUGUUUGCUUUACUCUUGUGCUGUCUUUGCCUCCCCAGUAUCCAGAUGAAGUGCCAAAGAUAAGCAUUCGGAAUCCUCGGGGUUUGUCAGAUGAGCAGAUUCAGAAGAUCUCUCUGAUGCUGCAGAGUGUUGCUCAGGCCCAACUGGGUACUGCCAUGCUAUAUGAGCUAAUAGAGAAGGGAAAGGAAAUCCUUACCGACAACAACAUCCCUCAUGGCCAAUGUGUGAUUUGUCUGUAUGGCUUUCAGGAGAAUGAAGCUUUCACUAAGACUCUAUGCUACCACUACUUCCAUUCACAUUGCCUUGCCAGCUAUGCAGAGCAUAUGGAGAAGGAGAUCCGCGCACAAAGGGAAGAAAGAGCACCACCGUUAACACCUCUGCCAAAGGAGGAAAUUGAAGUGCCAUGUCCUGUGUGCCGGGAGCCUCUAGUGUAUGACCUUGCAACCCUGCAAGCAGCUCCAGCCCCACAGCAGCCAGUGGAGAUAUACCAGCCUGACACUCAGACACUAUUGCACAGAGAGCAACUACGCCUGAUCUACCAGAAACAACAAGAAAAAGGAGGGAUAAUUAACCCUGAGGAAGAGAAGAAUCGGUACUUCAUUAGCCUUCAAAAGCCCACAGUUGCAACUGAAUGUGAACACGCUGCCAUCUCAGAGAAGGAUUUGGAUACUGAAAAGGACCUGAAGCCACUAAUUGACUCAGAAAAUCCACAGGAAACUACAAAGGCUGUUACAACAAGAAAUGAGCCUGACAAAAUGGAGAGACCAUCUAUUACCUUCCAUCACCAUAGCAAGAGGGAGAGGACUCGAGGGGAAAAGCCAUCUUUACAUGGUCCUGGCUGGCAAAUGCACUACAAGACCCUGGAAAUUCCGGUAGAAGCCCAUCUCGUUCCUGUUGAGGGAGAAUCCAGAGGCUUCAGUAGGAGACCUCACCGGAGAAAAGAGAGAGGACAGUGGAACUGUGGGAACUACAGCCAGGACUUCCCAAAGUCAUGUAAUAGAGAACCAGUGUCUUUACUCACGGCUCGAAAAGAGCUAAGUGCCAGGGAUCUUUCCUCAGUCAAAGAGGGAAUGUAUUCAAUAGAGGAGAAAACCUCUGUGGGAUACCGGAGGACAAUGCAGACAAUUCAAGCCCAAGGCAGAGAGGAAGAUACCCGGGAGGUUAGCCAUUGUGAGCUCAAGGAGCCCCCUAAGUGGAAGGGACAGUGUGAGAUGCAAGAUUGCAGGCGGUGGGAAAAGACCAAGAGCAGAGGAUAUGGCUCUUAUCCUAAAGUUCCAAGAGGUCGAGGAUGGUACAGACCGAACCCGAGAAGAGAACCACAGGGUCAAGAAACUGGGGAGGUUUCUAGGAGGUAGAAGUUCAGGCUUGACGUUUUUCCUCUAGGGGAGAUGAGCAGCAAUUUUGUUUUGCUUCAUUAGUCUCUGAACAACUUUAGGGGAAAGGCAGAGCUCCCCUGAUGGAUAGAUAAUUUGGAACUUGUUGAGCAACGUGAGUUUUGUAAAGAAUGUACUGUUCUUUGACUUUAAGCUGUUUCCUAAGGACUGUGGCAACUGAACAUUAGAACUGGCAAUAAAUGAUAGCCCAACACUGGUGGUUGUGGAUAAGUUGUAGGAUCUCUAAACAGGUCACAAUUGGGCAGAGAAGAGGGAGGUUAAAUCACUUUAACUUUUAAGGGUAGAUUUGAAAAAAUACAGUUUUAAGCGAAACACUAUUUUAAAAUGUGUACUAUUAAAAAGAGCAGGGAAUUUAGAUUGUCCAUUGGCAAUAGAUAGGACGUGCCAAACUUGCUGUCAGCAGCGUAACACUGGUGCUAAACAAAGCAAACUUGAGUCAGUACUGGCUUGGCAACCAUUAGAAUUCAGAUUCUGUUAUGUGCUUCAUAACAGAAGGUCUUUUGUUCCGCUUAAGGAAACUAUGGCUAGAGUACAUUCUGAGAAAUCGACUGACCGCUGAUUCAUUAUAAUGUGUUGAGAGUCACUGGCAAUUGGCCAUGAACAGCAAACAGUGAACAUGCCUAUUCCAAUGAGCCAUUAAUGUCCUCUCUGGUAAAGCACUUGCUUUUCCUAUAUCUGAAAUAGCUGGAAUUCAGAAUAAAGUAUUUGUAUUGGUCCGUUUAAUUACAAUUGUGAGCAUGCCAGAGCUGUGAGGACUGUAACUGGCGACACAGAGGCUCUUGUCUUUUUUCUAAUCACAAAUGAGACUGCUAUCUAGUUAUGGUAUGUUAGGAUCUCUUGCAGAAUUUAAUAGCUAUUUAGACCAUUUUUGGAUACUGUCAUUUUUUUGUCGAAUUUUUUGAGGCCCCUUAUUGGGUGAGAGGAAUCAUAUUGUGCAAUAUCCUCUCCACAUCCUUUGUACAUAGGUGUAUGUGUGCGUGCGCACACACACUAUGUUAAAGAAGUGCUGUUUUCUCCAGUUUGGUGGGAUAUGCCUUCGUAUCAACUUAAUCCUCAUCUGUUUAGUUCCUCUCAUCUUUUAUAACAACCCGCAGCCUUGCUUUCCUAGGUACUUCCUAGGUACGUGAGAGCCAAUUUGCAGCAGUUUUAUGUUACUGUAUAUGGGGAAAUAUGCCCCCAGUUUGGAAUUUUCUUUUUGUCACAUUGUUAUGGUCCUCCUUCCUGAUUUUGUUUUUAAUUCUGGGAGCAUGCAAUUACUAUAUCCAUUUUUUGGUUUACACUAUUGGCUGAAGAAUGUAGUUUCUGAUCUGCUUUAGAACGUGCGCGUGUGCAUGUGGUCACACACACACAUACACACAAACAAACACUCUCACAUAUUCACAGAGCUCUAGGCAGCUUAGCCAGAGGAAGCAUUGUGGAGAGACUGACCUAUUUCCAAGGAUUAUAAUGAGAUCUAAUUUGUGAACAUGUAAUCUAAACCAUAAGUAUUAAAAGCAAUCUAAAACAA